AUGGGAAACAGACAUGGCGGCGAAAAGGCAAAGGAGGAGAAGAAGCAGAAGAAGAAGAAAAAGGAGAAGAAGGUGAAACCCCGAGGCAAGCGGAAACAAGCGAAUUCGGACGUGGACUUGGACAUGGAGUCCAGCCAUGUCUCGCGGGCCGACUCGGAGUCCAUGGUGUUCCACUCGGCCGAGAACCUCAGCCCCUACCUUGACGCCUCCACGCGCUCACAGGAAGGAGUUGCGAGUGCGGGUUUUUAUGACAACGACUCUGUGGUGUCUUCCUCUGAUUUUCCACGACGGAUUUUCCAUCGAAGCGUGUUUGCCAGCAGACCUGGUGAUGGUUUCGAGGAAAGCAGGUGA